AACUUGAACAACACAACAGGAACAAUGAACUAGUAUCGGUUGCUCUUACUCGACGAUCAUGUAUUUUAGGGAUCUAAACACACAGAGGCCGCAGAAAAUGGAUUAUUCGUUCAUUUCUGAAAACACACCGAUUUGUCUUCUGAAAACGUUGACGUUUGUUGCUGAGAAGCAGGUGCAUUUGAAUCGAAGAGCGCCUAAUCUUCGCUGGAGUGAUUUCCAGGCUACUGGCUGAGACUUUGAAAUGCGGAUGAACGUGGCAAACAUGGCCCCGGGUUCCACAUCUCACAGUCCCUUCCCGUGCCCCCUGUCCUACGGACUGCCGAGUGUUAUCCUGUCCGAAAGUUUGGUGCCUUUUCCGUCACACCGAAUGAUGCGGAGUCUCCUUCCCGCCAAGAUGCCGGAAGCGGAGACGAGACGAGCGGAGGGACUGCCCGUGUUCCGGAUUCUGUGCGAGGCCCUGCGAUACCUGCGGGAGACCCUUUCCAAAAUCCUGGACCGCUGCGGGGCUGUCAUGGAGGCCAUCCAGUUUGCCGUGUCCCCUGCCCUGGCCCUGGACGUGCUGGCGGAGAUGGGCCUGGGAGAGGAGUCUAUGUGGGAGUCGGCAGAGGAGAGGAGGGGGCCCACAGGCCAGGGGUGGAUGUGGGCCCCGGAGGUGAAAAUGCUGGAGGAGGAAGACCUUUGGGCCCCGGAUGUUAAGACUCUGGAGGAGGAAGAGCUGUUGGCUCCAGAUGUGGAUGUGUCGGAAGAGGAGGAGCUUUCAGUGAAAGGGGAGUGCGAGUGUCUGGAAGACGGGGGCGAGCUCGACCUUGCGGAAUGGCUGGAGUGGGAUUCUGGCUCGGAGCUUUCCGAGGACGAGGGCGACGACCCGUACAGUGACUGCGACAGCCCCUCGGACGCCAUACUUGAGCUCCCCCUCGGGCUUUUUGACAAGAGCCCCAUUUCCCACCCCACGCUGCCCAGUCACACCCUGACAUCUGAGGGGGAGCAGGAAGACGACAGCGAGUCGGACUGGUCCGAGGAGGAGGAGGAGGAUGACGACGAAGACUGGGACGGGGUCUCCGAGGCGAACUCCGAGCUCUGGGAAUCCUUCCUCCGUCGCGACGACCCGUACAACCCUUUUGGGUUCUCCUUUCCCGCCGGAAAGACGGAAAAGUCCCGCGAGACCACAGAGAGCUGCACAGCAAGACCCCUGCACAUCACUGAUGGAGGGAAGGCCGCAGAGAGCAAGACGGAGAAGGAGAGGAGCUGCCCUCCACAGGCUGAGAAGAAAAACAAAAAGGUGAGGUUCAGUGACAACGUGCAGCUGCGCCCCCUGGUGGCGUGGGCGUUUGCCAGCCGGGCCGCGCGGGACGGGUCCUGCUGGCAGGAGAUGGCCAGAGACCGGGACCGCUUCAGGAGGCGGGUUCAGGCAGCCAGCGACAUCAUCACCCCCUGUUUGCUGCCGCAGCACAGAGCCAGAGUGUGGGAGAAGCUCCAGCUACUGUAAACGCUUUAGCCUAGCUCUGCUGAGCACACAGCCAUGCUAAAUGCUUUUCUUGGAAGGUGUAUAAGAUUUUUAUCUUUA